AUGGAUACGAAGACGCGCGGUAACAAAAAGUACAAGAAAAGUAUGUGUGUGAUUAGUGAGAAUCACAAACCUAACGUGGGAGCUGUUAUCACCAAUGUAGCCGAUAUGAAUUGCGCGAAGUCAAUGAGACUGCGUAAAUUGCAUCUGUGUGAUUUGUGUGGAAAAACCUAUGGCAAAACCAGUCAUCUGAAGGCCCAUAUUCGUUGGCAUAACGAUGAGAGACCAUUCCAGUGUUGGUACAAUUUCUGCAGCAGGGCAUUCACCAGAUCAGAUGAACUUCAACGCCAUAUUCGGACUCAUACAGGUGAAAAACGAUUUUUCUGUGAACAAUGUGGUAAACGUUUCAUGCGAAGUGAUCAUCUGAGUUUGGUUUCGUACGGCAGUAGUCACGAAGAGUCACUUCUAGAACCGUUGCAGGCUCAGGCUACCACAACUGAUUACCUCCUUAUGCGCGUCAUCAUCUCUCUCAUUGCUUAUACACCGGAUGGAGCGAAGUUUGCUAGCCCUAACCAGUCAACUGGGUCAGGCUUCAAAUAUAAUGAGACAGACGUGGUCGCAUGGCGGUGGAGCAUGAGUGAAAAGACUGAUGUUGCUUUCCCUGAUGCCGACGAUGGUGAUUAUGGGAACGGCGUGAUCUGGUAG